AUGCAUCAGUCCCUGACUCAGCAGCGGUCCAGCGACAUGUCCCUGCCGGAUUCCAUGGGAGCCUUCAAUCGGAGGAAACGAAACUCCAUCUAUGUCACCGUGACUUUGCUCAUUGUGUCUGUGUUAAUUCUCACGGUGGGCCUCGCUGCAACCACCAGGACCCAGAAUGUGACUGUUGGAGGUUAUUACCCGGGAGUUAUUCUUGGCUUUGGAUCAUUCCUUGGAAUCAUCGGAUCAAACCUCGUGGAGAACAAACGGCAGAUGCUGGUGGCUUCUAUCGUCUUUAUCAGCUUUGGUGUGAUUGCGGCCUUUUGCUGUGCCAUAGUUGAUGGGGUCUUUGCUGCCAGACACAUUGAUCUGAAGCCCCUCUAUGCUAACCGGUGCCACUAUGUCCCCAAGACAUCUCAGAAGGAAGCUGAGGAGGUCAUAAGUUCCUCAACCAAAAAUUCUCCUUCCGCGAGGGUUAUGAGGAACCUUACGCAGGCAGCUCGAGAGGUGAACUGCCCUCACCUCAGCCGUGGAUUCUGCACACCUCGCAUCCGGGGCAACACCUGCUUCUGCUGUGACCUCUACAACUGCGGCAACCGGGUAGAAAUCACCGGUGGCUACUACGAGUACAUCGACGUCAGCAGCUGCCAGGAUAUCAUCCACCUCUACCACCUGCUCUGGUCUGCCACCAUCCUCAACAUCGUUGGCCUCUUCCUGGGCAUCAUCACUGCCGCUGUCCUGGGGGGCUUUAAGGACAUGAACCCAACUCUCCCAGCGCUGAACUGUUCUGUUGAAAAUGCCCAUCCAACUGUUUCUUACUAUGCUCGUCCUCAAGUGGCAUCCUACAACACCUACUACCAUAGCCCUCCUCACCUGCCACCUUAUUCUGCUUAUGACUUUCAGCAUUCCAGUGUCUUUCCAUCCUCCCCUCCCUCUGGACUUUCUGAUGAGCCCCAGUCUGCCUCGCCUUCGCCCAGCUACAUGUGGUCCUCGAGUGCUCCACCCCGUUACUCUCCACCUUACUAUCCGCCUUUUGAGAAGCCACCCCCUUACAGCCCCUAA